AUGAGUAGUGAUUCAGGUGGCGAAGAGCAAGAAAAAAAUUAUAUUGCGGAUGGGUGGGCAUGUUUUCGAGCCAAAAGGAGUCUCUCACUUUUGAUUCCUUUCUCUAUCGAAAAUGCUGGAUCCGCCACAGCAACAACAACAACAAUAAACAACAAGGUGAAGGCACCCGGUUGGGAUAUGAUCGAAACGUUGUUUAAUUAUCUCGUGUCACAAUUGAGGGACAUAUGCAAAUAUCUCUUUACGAUGAACACUGAUAAAAUGUUGUUGAAUGUUACCACUUGUUGUGCUUUACAUAGUCCAUAUAUUGACAAUUGUGAUACUAUCACUGUCAAUACUGACAAUGAAACUGAGAUUCGUGCGGUUUUGGAAGGCGAUGAAAACGAUAAGACAGAUCUACCGGUAGAGCCAUUCUCUAAAGACGACAGACACCAACAGAAUCACAGCAAAAUGAAUUCCUUAACCAAAUCUUGCCUCAAUGCUAAUUAUAGAUGA